ACUGUAUUAAAAAUAUAUUUUUUGGUUAAUUUAAUAUCAUAUGUAACCUGUAUCUUAUAUUGUUUAUUUGAUAUUUAAUCUCUUGCGUAUAUCAAAGAUUUAAAGAUACCAAACUUAGCUGAUGUUAUAAUUUAAGUAUAUCUAGAUAGUACUUUUAUUCAGAACUGAUCGAAUAUAAGCAAAAAGAUAGUGAGAUUGGGUGCACACGCACAUGAUUACUGUCAGCAAAAAAUGUUAAUUUAAUGACUGAAUAUUGAUCGUGAAAUUUCAGUCCAGUACAAGAACAAUAUGUUUGCACGUCUUUCAAAUAUUUGAAGAAUUUUACCGUUGAAACAUCCGGUGAAAUGGCAAUGCUCAAUUCAUUUCGCUCAGCAUGGGGCAGACUUUCAACAACCGGUUUUAGAUAUUUAUGGACUUCUAGGGCUUUGCAGGCCGAUCAGUUCGAAAAUGAAAAUAACAGGAAAACGGAAUCGCAACAAUCCGCUCACGAAGAAAGUGACGAAGAAUAUGAGAAAAAUAUUAAGAUCAAAAUACUUGGUGCCUCCCUAAAAUUUGUUCCUGAUAUGGGAUGGUCCAAACAGGCUAUCAGUGCUGGUGCUGAAACAAUCGGAUAUCCAGGCGUAGUACAUGGACUGUUCCCAAAUGGCGGCGCAGACUUGGUACAUUAUUUUUACUCUACGUGCAAUCGCCAAUUGAACCAGAUCCUGGAGAAAGAGGCCCUCGAAAUGGCUUCUACUAGUGUACCAAGGAAGCCGGAAGAACAAGUCCGCGAUGCACUGGAGAAGCGGCUGAGAAUGGUGAUACCGUACAAAAAAACCUGGCCGCAAGCAAUGGCUAUCAUGACCUUACCACCAAACGUACCGGUCUCUUUAGCAAAUUUAUUGACUUUAAUCGAUGACAUUUGCUACUAUGCGGGCGAUAGAUCUGUCGAUUUUAACUGGUAUACCAGAAGAAUGAUAUUGGCAAUUAUUUACAAAGCUACCGAACUCUAUAUGCUGCAAGACACCAGUGAAGAUCACAAAGAGACCUGGCUAUUUCUAGAGAGACGAAUAAAGGAUGCUUUACAAAUGUACAAAGUACUUUUUAACUCGGGAUUAUCGUCGGAUAGUACUUUAAAACUUUUUGGGGAGACGGGUGCUGCUGCUUUUGUAACGGCACGUAAUAUACUCGGAAUGAAUUGUUUCAGAAAUAACCGAAGGUUUUAGAAAAAUAAAUAAGUAGGAAACAAAAGAAAAGAGUUAUAGAUAAGCACAAAUAUAAAUUAUUUCUUAGUAAACUAAUGAUUUGUUCUUUCUAUUGUUGUAAGUACCUAGUCUCAAUAGGAAAAGGUGUAAGAAAGGUGUACAAGUACGAUACAAAGGAAAGAAAACUUUAGUAUAUAUAGCUAAUUUAUCUUACACAAGUAAUAUAUAUAUUUUAACAAAAUCUGUACAAUAAAAUAUAUAUAUAUA